UGCCCUCGUUUCUUCCCUUUACCUCUUCCCAUUUCAUCAGCGCUUCCACUUCUCCCACUUCCACUUCGAUUUGCAGCCGCUGACAGUCGUUUCGUCAAAAUGGCAGCCAUUCCAGUCAGCAUCCCGUGGGCCACUUAGUAUAUGGCUCACGAUGCCCAAGGCCGGAUUCCGGCGCAAACUUUCAUUACCCAGUUCGUCACUGGCAAAAUCGACAAUGGCAAUGUGACGAAGCUCGUUCAGGAGCCUAUUCUUCGCCCGGUCCGUCUGGCCAAAGGGAAGGACGACCUCUACUAUACCCCCGACUGGCACCGUGCCAGCCGGGUUGAAGCUGCCCUCAUCUUUAUGACCGGCAAGAUUUCCGAAAAGAAAUGCGACCGGUGCGCAAAGAACCUGCGACCCUUCGCAUCUUGCGUCGUGUCAGACGUGGCUGGACGUGGCGCUUGCGCCAAUUGUCAUUCUGACAGUCGCGGAGCGCAUUGCAGCCUCCGCCACGAGGCCGCGCAGGCCGGUGGUAAGUCGUCAAUGUGGCGGUUCAUCGCGAGCUUCUACUGACCAGGUCAUUUCACUUUUCAAAGACGAUUCGCUCGGCUCUGGUGCCCAGGCCGCCCCCACCAACGAGGUCGACAUUCAAACGCCCGCGGCGAUGGAGUUGAACGUCGGCCUCCACGACCUGCUGGCCGCUGUCCCAGUCC